AUUACAUCCUGUGUUAAUAAAGAGUUCAGUAAUGUUAUCUGGGUACUGUGUUCGGCUGCGGUAGUCUAUAGCUCCAUGGUGUGAAUGACUGGCUAUAGUAACACUUGACACCUGUGAGUCUACGUUACUUGUCCACCCGUGCUUUAAGACUUCCAAAGAAUUGUUGUCCCUGCCAGAUAAUGGGAGAAACAGCUAUCCUGCAGUUUGCUCCUUUCAGCUCAGCUGUUGAGGCUGGCUUCUGGCAUCAGUUCACACAGUUUAAGCUGGAUGUGCUUCAUCUAAGUGAGGAGGCAGUACCUAUAGCUGGGAGUUAUGUUAACAGUGAUGCUCCAGGACUUCCAUCACGACUUAAUGUGGAAUAUGAUGCAUUACAAAGGGACAGACUGCCAUCAAAAUUGUCAUGUGCUGCUGUGGGAACACUCAUUAACACUAAUACAUUGGAAGAGUUUCGGAACAGAACCAAACAGGAAUUGUUAAAAACAUCGGCCUGUGGUCUCUGGGAUGCCAUCAACUCUGACCGUGCAUUGGAAAAUCCUUCCCUUUUGUCCUCCUUUUUAAUGUUUACUUUUGCAGACCUGAAGAAGUACCACUAUUACUAUUGGUUUGCCUUCCCAGCAUUUACAUUACCAAAGACCAUCCCCUUGGUGAAGGAGCCACAGAAUCUAUCUGCUAAGUUAACUACUGAACAGAGUGCUUCACUUCUGCUGGUUUGCCAAGGCCUUGGUACUGAUGUGGAUCGUGGUUUCUUCACAAUCACUCAAAGUGGCAAUGAAUUUUGCAUUCACCCACUGAAGGAUUACCCACAGCUAAGAACUACAGCUAAUGGAGCAAACAGAGACGUGUAUCUGGUCUUCUCUGACCCUUGUACACUGCCACAGAACCCAGGGUGGCCACUGCGCAACCUGCUUACAUUGGUGACUCUAAAAUGGUCAAAACACUGGUCCAUUUACAAGAUUCUUUGUCUGCGAGUACGAACAAGACAUGGAGUACAAGAUGCAAGUCACAGUCUUUUUGUUGAUGUGGAUUUAGGAGGGUUAGUGGGUCAAGGCAACACUCCAGAAAUGCCACCAUUCCUUGGCUGGGAGAGGAAUGAAAGGGGGAAGAUGGGACCACGCCUAGUGAAUCUGUCUGCAAGCAUGGAUCCCACAAAGCUUGCUGAGUCUGCUGUGGACCUGAACCUAAAAUUAAUGAGAUGGAGAGUAGCUCCCCAGCUUGACCUUCCCAUCAUACAAAACACAAAAUGCCUCCUCUUAGGUGCAGGAACUCUUGGCUGCUCUGUGGCACGUUGCCUCCUGGGUUGGGGUGUUCGACAAAUAUCGCUAGUAGAUAGUGGGAAGGUAUCAUUCAGCAACCCUGUACGGCAGAACCUCUUCACCUUUAAUGACUGUCUGGAUGGUGGGAAAUAUAAAGCCACAGCAGCUGCAGAAUCACUUGCUGAGAUCUACCCCAAAGUGAAUUCUAAAGGUGUAGUUGUAAAUAUUCCAAUGCCUGGCCACACUGUUGGUGAAAGUCUUGUGGAACAAGUGAGGAAUGAUGUGUCAACUCUAGAACAACUUAUUGAUGAACAUGACGUUAUCUUUCUUCUCAUGGACUCACGUGAGAGUAGAUGGCUUCCUACAGUACUUGGUGCUGCCAAACAUAAGUUAGUGCUAACAGCAGCUCUGGGUUUUGACUCAUAUUUGGUGAUUCGUCAUGGAUACCGAACUAAAGAUUAUCAAAGUGAAGCAAGCACCAGUAGCAGCAAGUGUCCCACUGCUCUUAGUAAACAAAUACCUGGUGAUAUGCUUGGAUGCUACUUCUGUAAUGAUGUUGUAGCUCCAGGAGAUUCAACCCAUGACCGAACACUUGAUCAACAAUGUACAGUCACUCGUCCAGGUGUGUCUUACUUAGCUGCUGCUCAUGUUACUGAAUUGUUGGUCUCACUUCUCCAGCACCCAGACAAAGGACUAGCUGAAGCACGUGUCAAUGACCAGGUCGAUGUAAAGGAGGGGGAGUUAGGUCCAGUACCUCACUCCAUCCGAGGAUUCUUGGGGCGACAUCAGCUUUUAACACCUGCUUCAACAGCCUUCCAGCAGUGUUCUGGUUGUUGUGAUAAGGUGAUAUCAGCGUAUAGAGAAGAAGGGUUUGAAUUUCUGUUAAAAGUUUUCAACUCCUCAACACAUUUAGAAAAAGUAUCAGGUCUUAGUGAGCUGCACCAGUGUAUCGAUGAUUCUCAGGUAAUCACUCCAGAAGAUUAUGACGCUGUGAUUUUAGAUUAAUUUGUCAUGUUCAAUAUAGAGUACAUAUGCUAUGGUUUAUUGUCACAGUAAUGGGUAAGAACAAUAAGUGUGGAUACAGCUUUGUUUUGUCUGUUAUUAUAAUGCCUUGAUUUAGAUUUAGUUAACAUAUUUAUCAAGCUCAUCUCCUGUGAAUCUGCCUUAAUCACAAAUUUUAUGUUGACACCACUGCCAUUGGUAAAGCAAUACCUGUGAAUCAUCUUCCAUGUAUUUGUUCUGUGCAAAACCAAUUUCUCAAAAAUUAUACAAUUACGUUAAAUAAAAUUGUCUUAAGUA